GGCUGCUGCCUGGCUUCAGGGCGUCGGAUUCCGGUUCCGACCCGGAAGUAGAUGCUGAGCGGCGGCAGCGCCGGGUUCCUCGGUCGCUGUUGUUCGCGGCAGUUUGCAGACGCCCGCGCCCUCGUCGCGCUCCCCGAUGCAGCCGCGGCGCCCUGAGGGCUUCGAUGGGCUGGGCUACAGGGGGGGCGGCCGAGAGGAGCCGGGCCCCGGGGCCAAGCCCUACAGCUCCUCCUCGGACCUGAGCCACUGGGUCUCCAGCCCCCCCGACAUCCCGGGCAGCCGCAACCUGCACUGGGGCGAGAGGACCCCGCAGUACGGGGCCGGCCCGGCCGGAACCCCCCUCGGGGGAGUCGGCCUCAACGACGAGCCGUACCCUGCGGGCGCCGGCACCAGCUCCGAGCAGUUGAAUAGAUUUGCAGGCUUUGGUAUUGGCCUUGCCAGUCUAUUUACAGAAAAUGUUUUGGCACAUCCUUGCAUUGUUCUACGUCGCCAAUGUCAGGUUAAUUAUCAUGCCCGGAAUUAUCAUCUCACUCCAUUUACUAUUGUCAAUAUUAUGUACAGCAUCAAUAAGACCCAGGGUCCAAGAGCUCUUUGGAAAGGAAUGGGGAGCACUUUCAUAGUUCAGGGCAUAACCCUUGGAACAGAAGGCAUCAUCAGCGAAUUUACACCUUUGCCAAGGGAACUUUCACAUAAAUGGAGCCUCAGACAAAUAGGAGGACACCUUCUACUGAAAAGCCUAACCUAUGUGGUAGCAAUGCCUUUUUAUUCAGCAAGCCUGGUUGAAACUGUGCAGAGUGAAAUCAUUCGAGAUAAUCCUGGAAUUUUGGACUGUGUGAAAGAAGGGAUUGGCAGAGUGAUUGGCAUGGGAGUACCCCAUAGCAAACGGCUCCUCCCUCUUAUGGCCUUGACCUUUCCCACUGUUAUACAUGGAGUUCUUCAUUACAUCAUCAGUUCCAUCAUCCAGAAGUUUGUGCUGCUUGCCCUAAAAAGGGAGAAUUCCCAGAGCCUUCCAACAGAGAGCUCCAAUUCUGUGCAGAGUAUGUUGGAUGCUUAUUUUCCAGAACUUAUAGCUAGCUUUGCUGCCAGUCUUUGUGCUGAUGUCAUGAUUUACCCACUGGAGACAGUUUUACACCGCCUUCAUAUUCAGGGAACACGCACAAUAAUUGACAAUACAGACCUUGGCUAUGAAGUGCUUCCAAUCAAUACUCAGUAUGAGGGAAUGAGAGACUGCAUCAAUACUAUAAAGCAGGAAGAAGGAAUGCUGGGUUUUUAUAAAGGGUUUGGAGCUGUUGUUGUACAGUAUACACUGCAUGUGGCUGUUUUACAGCUCACUAAAAUUAUUUACUCCAUGCUGCUUCAAAAUGUUGCUUAAAAGUACAUUCUUAUUGAUUAGCAUUGGGGACAUGAUCUGGUCACUUAAUGAAUUAUGGUAAAAAUAGGAUAGGAAAAUGAAAUCUAAAAGAUGAGAAUCUGUAGUAGUGGUUUCUCUUUUUGCAAUCUGAAGUGUUCAUUUAAAAACUGGAAUUUGAAUUUCAAAAUGUCCUUUUUAAGAAGUACUCCAUAAAAUUAAAAUGAGGACUAUUGCUAGAAUUUGAAUAUCUUGACAUGUGAAAUAUUAUGUGGAAGAGAAUCAUAAUUUAAAAUGGGCAAAUUCAUAUAGAGGAUAUAUAUGACUUAUCUCAUUUCAGUAUAGAUAACCUUUGCAUCUACCUGUAGACUGACAUGGAAAAUGGCAUUUCUAAUGGCACUGUUCAUGUACGCUAUAUGACUAAAGGACAGAUAGUGGUUGUCAUCUUUGGCAAUGAAUUUAUUCUGAUAAAUAAAGGGGUUUGGAUUUAGAACUAAUAUGCAAGAUAUCUGAGGAUUUACUGGUCUUUCAUAAACCUGUUUUAACCUUUACUGUUAAUGUGGUUAGGUCAGAAUGGUAACUUUAAAAAAAAAAAUCUUGUUCUUCCACAUUUUUUCUCCACAUUGUUUUCUCAGUUUACAGAUACAAACAAGACUUUCACUGCUGCAACAUACAUCUAGGGGGAAAUAUAAACUAAAUGUUUUAUGCUUUGUACAUCACCCAUAGCAAAUUAUUUUGUAAUAAGAACUUAGUCGUCUUGGUAUGUGCAAGGUGAACUAGAAUACACUAGGUAGCUCUCUUCUACAGUUCCAUGAUUGUUACAGGGUAAAUAGUAGCUAAAAUGUAUGACUUGAAUAAAGUAAAUAUGCACAUAAUUAGCUGAUUGACUUUAAAAAUGGCACUUUUAUAUCUAAUUUCCAACCAUAACCACAAUUUGAGAGAUUUGUUUUUCCAAGGUAUUUUUGCGUAAAAGAAUAAUCAUGAGACAUGAUUUUAGUAUCCAUGUUCAAAUAAUACUCUGAAAGCAUAAAAAGAUUAACUGGUCUUUAUUUUCUAUAGUUACUCUCUGUUAGAUUGCACUGCCUGGGAGAGAGAUGCAAACACAAUGAUUUGGCCUUCAGGGUCCUUUGUCUUCCGUAGAGCAGCAGUCUACUUAAGAAAGCCUCCACUUAUGAUUUUGCACUUAAGUCCUUGCUUAAAAAUGUGUUUGGAUUAAAUAUUUGAUGGGCAAUAUUCAACUCUGUUUCACAAUUAAUAUGUAAUGUUUGAUGACUACUGACAUUUAUUUUUCCUCCUCCCUCCAACGUCCAAACCAAGAUUUUCAGUCUUGAAAAAGUUUUGAUCUGAAUUGUUAAUUUGCUGCUUGGUUUCCAACAUAGAUUUCAUGAAGAUGUUUAAAAAGAGAUGUUUUAACAAGUAAACCAGAUGAGCAUGUUAAAAGAAAAUCACUUUUAAACAAUAUGAAAGGUUAUUGCCUUUCUUAUAAAUUAACUUUUGUGGUAGAUGUCUUUGUAUAUAUCUGUGUGAAUAUAGUAAAUGUGUAUUUAAUUGAUCAGUCUUAAAAUGUACAGUAGUUUUUAUUUAUGGAAAGUAGUCAUGGCAGAACUAUGAACAGCUUUGACUCAACUGCAAUGACUUAUGAAUUGACAUAUUUUGAAAAUAAUUUGGCGUUGCUUACAGUUAAACUUAUUUCUAUGUAUUUUAAGCACAUAAGUGUUAAAAUGGAAAGUAUAGUAAACUUGGGACCUGACCCUU